CCCUGGCCACCACCUUCUGCCCUAUCAAGGCAGGUUCCUCAAACCGUGACUCACGCCUACUGUGCUAGGCGGGGCGCGCCGGGCAGCGCAGCCCCACAGGUGGCAGCGGCUCGGAGCCGAUUCCCGCCAGGCUAGGCAGUGGAGCGCCGCACAGCGCGCCUUCCCGCCUCCCAGCCGCCGCCCAAGCAGUUCCCGGCCGGCGCCAGCAGGCCUGCUCGGUCGAUCUUCGAGCCGAAGAUGCGGCGGGGUUGGAAGAUGGCUCUGUCUGGGGGGCUGCGGUGCUGCCGCCGGGUACUGUCCUGGGUGCCAGUGCUCAUUAUUGUCCUCGUCGUUCUCUGGUCCUACUAUGCCUACGUCUUUGAACUCUGCCUGGUGACUGUUUUGAGCCCAGCAGAGAAAGUUAUCUACCUCAUACUCUAUCAUGCCAUUUUUGUGUUCUUUGCGUGGACCUACUGGAAGUCUAUCUUUACACUCCCACAGCAGCCAAACCAGAAGUUCCACUUGUCCUAUACAGACAAGGAGCGCUAUGAAAAUGAAGAUAGACCUGAGGUCCAGAAGCAGAUGCUUGUGGAUAUGGCCAAGAAGCUACCAGUGUACACAAGAACUGGGAGUGGAGCUGUACGGUUCUGUGACCGGUGCCAUCUAAUCAAGCCAGACCGCUGUCAUCACUGUUCUGUCUGUGCCAUGUGUGUUUUAAAAAUGGACCAUCACUGCCCAUGGGUUAAUAAUUGCAUUGGAUUUUCCAACUACAAAUUCUUCCUGCAGUUCUUAGCUUAUUCUGUUCUCUACUGUCUGUACAUUGCUACAACAGUCUUCAGCUAUUUCAUCAAAUACUGGAGAGGAGAAUUACCCAGUGUUCGCUCUAAGUUCCAUGUCCUCUUCCUCCUCUUUGUGGCCUGCAUGUUUUUUGUCAGCCUUGUGAUUCUCUUUGGUUACCAUUGUUGGCUCGUCAGCAGAAACAAAACUACCUUAGAGGCCUUCUGCACACCAGUAUUUACAAGUGGACCAGAGAAAAAUGGGUUCAACCUUGGCUUCAUCAAGAAUAUCCAGCAGGUGUUUGGUGAUAAUAAGAAGUUCUGGUUAAUACCUAUUGGGUCCAGCCCUGGUGAUGGACACUCCUUCCCUAUGAGGUCUAUGAAUGAGUCACAGAACCCACUGUUGGCAAAUGAGGAACCUUGGGAAGACAACGACGAUGAUAAUCGAGGUGAGUAGGCUCAGAAGAAAGCCCUUUCCCUGCAUGGCAGACUCCACACUACAUGAUCCAUAUUAAUAAAGCCAAUGGAGCAUGCAGUGAGUAAAACAAUGUCUGAAGAGAUUUUAUAAGCAUGACAACCUCAUACAUGCCCUCUGGAUGGAGGAGGACAAGUAUGGCCAGAUUUGU